GCGCCUGGGGAAUUAGAAGCAGGGAAAAAAGCUCCAACAAAACACGCUCCUCAGACAAAACCCAAGUGGUGGAAGGCGCACUGCCCUGCAGAGCCUGGGCGGUGGAGGCGCCUCUGGCCUCACCCGAGUCCCGGGCCGCGGCGUGAUGCGUACAGUGCGGCCUGCAUCGCCCGGCCCGCGAGUGUCCCCGCACCUGGAUGCCGGCCCCGUGGCCGCGCCCCUGCCGCGCUUGCUCGCCCCCGCGGCUUUCUCGGAGUCUGCUGGCGCCGCUGGCGGGGCAGCUUGCUCUCCAUGGGGCUGAAGGACUGGCUGAGGGUCCUGUGCUGCUGCUGCCCGUGCAAGUGCCUGGAGGAGCCUGCGGAGUCCGAGAAGGAGCCCCUGGUUAGUGACACCAAUCCAUACUCUUCAUUUGGAGCAACUCUGGAGAGAGAGGAUGAAAAGAACCUGUGGAGCAUGCCUCACGACGUGUCCCACACAGAGGCGGACGAUGACAGAAUCCUGUACAACUUGAUAGUCGUCCGUAAUCAGCAGGCCAGAGAUUCAGAGGAAUGGCAGAAACUCAACUAUGAUAUCUACAGCCUGCGACAGAUUCGGAGGAAAGUGCGAAACAAAUGGAAACGCAUUUUAGAAGAUUUGGGUUUUCAAAAGGAAGCAGACUCUUUGCUGUCGGUGACCAAACUCAGCACCGUCAGUGACUCUGAGAACACGAGGAAAGCGCGAGAGAUGUUGUUGAAACUGGCCGAAGAGACCACGAUCUUUCCCGCGGGUUGGCAGCUCUCGGAGAGGUAUCUCUUUGUGUUGGACCGUCUCAUUGCUCUCGAUGCUGCAGAAGAGUUCUUUAAAACCGCCUGUCGAACUUACCCCAGGAAGCCUGGGCUGCCGUGCCUGGUGGAUGACCAGAAAGAACCGAGCUGCCUUCCACUCCUAAGUCCCUAGAGGAGACACUGGGAGGUGGAGUUGGAAUUCUUGCACUGGACCUCCAACAGCCAACCAAAGCCGGACUGACGAGUGUAGAUAAGAGUGAGCAAGUGGAGGUCUAAGUGAAAAACAAUUCCGAAUCUUACAAAAAUCUGAGGAUUUGGACAUCUGGUCUUCACGAGGACUUAUUCUGUGAGAUGUUCAGGUUGCAUUACAACACCCCGGUGAUGCAAUUUUUGCAUCGAAGAGUUGGCCAAUGGGAUAUUUCAUCACGGGUGGAUGGAUUCCAAGAACCCAUUGGCCUCAUUCUGGUUUGGGUUGUAUGAUAAGCCUUAAUCAUUAAUCCUGUUGGGAGAAGGGGAUAUUCUGGUUAGUAAAACGGCAAGAUUAGUGGAGAGAGCUCUCAAUGAGCCCAAUAUGGAUUACCAGUUUUAAAAUAAUUAUUAUACAUAUAGGCUAAUACCAAAAUAAUACCAGGUACUGUGUGACCAUUCUUUAAUUUGGAAAAACCUACAGAACCUAGGAGAGUGUCAGAGGCAUCAUUUUAAGUAUCAGCUGUAAUAAUUUAGAAGUACAGAUGCACCAGAUAAUAGAAAUGUCUGAGUGCUGCCCAGACAGGAGGUACGGACAGAAUGAUCCCAAGCAGAACAUCCUAUAGCUACAUAUAAAAAACUCUGCCUUCAGUUAUGGUACACACAUCUUAAAUCUCCAACACAAUUGGUAUCUGGUUACCUCCUUUUUGCAUACUGUCCAGUCUAAUCCAAAAGCUCUUGAUAUUUCAUCCAGGAUAAUAUCUAUAAACAGAAAUAUUUGGCCUCUCCUUCCUUCAAGAGUUACUUGCCCCUUAAGCAGGGAGCUUGCCAAGAAAUCAGGGUUCAUUUUAUUGAAAAGACUCAGAACUUGCAGGGUUCAUUAGUAGACUGCUGUGAACAGUGAUGAUAUUGUCACUUUUACAGAUUUUGCUCUUCUGACUUUAGGCUAAAAAGUAACUGUUUUUAGUCUGACCCAGGGAAUUAUGACUUGAAAAUACCCGUACCCUGACUAGUUUCUUUGGUAGUGUACGCAAUGUUUAAAUUAUUUGUUAGAGGAGAUAUAUGUUCUCCAUUAUUAAUGACUUGCAGACCAAUUUAACUGAUUCAGUUAGAAAAUUUCCCCCUAGUUUCAUAAUAAGCUAAAAGCCUUAUUUUUUUAAUAUUUAGUGCCCAAUCCCUUUCAUAUUGUUUAAAAUUAGCCUGCAGAUGUUUCCCCUCACUUUGCUGGACUCUCGGGAGAUAAACAUACAAACAGUGAAAUAGACAAGAUAAAAAACAAACAAUAAAAUUAAUUAAAAAAAAGAAAAAGCAUUGUUUUCUUCUCCUCGGAAUUUGUGUUUUGUCUUGCUUCCUGUUCAUUGUCAAAAUACAUGAGAUUGUUUGCAUCUAUGGAGAGUGAAGUGUAACCAUAGUCUUUAUUUUUGGUAAUGAAUGACUAAGGAUAAGAUUGUGUCUAUGGUUAUAAAAUCACAUGGGAUUAACCAGGAAAUCUUCCUUGAAAGGAAGUAAAAGCUUUCUGUGUUCACUUUGCAUUUGGAUGUGUGUUUUAUUUCCGAGAAAUAGGAAGGGCCAAUAUGCUCUCCAUAUACCCUUUCAAUUAAAGGUGAACAAGCUGAGAGACCGACAGGUUUAAGGACCUGCCCCCCUUCUAAAGCCAGUGAAGGGGCAGCUCUGUGCACAGGUGCAGUGCUAAAGCCAGCGAAGGGGCGGCUCUGUGCGCAGGUGCAGUGCACACUGCAGAACAUGGGAGAGGCCUGUGGGCGACUGAAGUGGCCACUUUUGAAGUCACCAGGUGCUCGGCCGGACCAGGAUCCGCAGCCGUCUCCCUGUUGGCUACUGAGUGCCUCUCAAAGUUUAUCUGUGAAUGCAGGGUGAUGUUGGGUGGUAGAGGAUGGAAAUGUUCAUAUUAAUAGUUAUUUAUUUUUAACGUGUACCAAGAGGAAAACUCUGUAAUUAGCAGAUUCAACAUCCGAUUUCAUUAUAAUGGCUAUUAAUUAUUGCACUAAAUAAUAAACUGUGUAUUUAUUUUA